CCUACAAGUACAGCGCUUUUCCAACCCGCGAGAUCUUAGUCCGAGAAUUGAACCUUUCGGGGAUUUUAUACUCAGCUUCAGCUAUGUUCGCCCGCAUGCCCGAACACCGGAGAAGCCGUGCAAAGACCUGCUCCUCCGAAUGCCGACGAAGAGGUUGGAGUGGGCAAGAUCUUUCGACUUAUUCCCGGGAAGAGACGGAGACUGUUUCCAGUGGCAGUUUUAAAGUGGUCGGUUUAUGAUGUUGUCGAGGUUAUCGGUAGUUUGAAUGUUGUUCGCAGUCCCAUAAG